AUGAAUGCCAACGGAUUUUUCUUUUUCAAGUUUGCUGAUCAAGCAGGUAUGCAAAAGGUUCUUACUGAGGGGCCUUGGAUUAUUCGUUCUCAGCCGUUAUUUUUAGAAGUCUGGUCGCCAUCGUUAAAGCUUGAGAAAAAAGAAGUGAAAAAUGUUCAGGUUUGGGUUAAACUUCAUGAGGUUCCUCUAGCGGCGUACACGGAGGAUGGUUUAAGUCUAAUUGCUACAACGAUUGGUGUUCCUAAGGCUUUGGAUUCGUUCACCACGUCUAUGUGUGUUGAUGGUUGGGGUAGAAGCAGCUAUGCUCGGGCACUCGUAGAAAUCUCAGCAGAAUCUGAAUUGAAAGAAGAGUUAACGAUUGCGGUUCCUUGUCUUGAUGGGGAUGGGUUUGUUAAGGAGAAGGUCUACGUUGAAUAUGAAUGGUGUCCUCAUAGGUGUGGCCGAUGUUGUGUCUUCGGGCAUACCCUUGAAAAUUGUCCUCUGCAGCCUCCUAAGGUGCCAAAAGAUAAAACACAACAACAUAAGGGUCCGGGUUAUGAUAGAAAGAUGAAGCAGCCGGUUCAGGUUACUGGUCCGUCAAAGAGGCAACCUAUUGUGGACGAUGAUGGGUAUACUACUGUGCAAGGUAAGAAGGCAGCGAAAAAAGUGGGUUUUAAUGUCAAUAAACCGAAACCAAAAUUUGAAUAUCGUCCAGUUUCUACGAAUCGGAAAGAUAACGGGAAGUCUAAAUCGGAAUCAUCUAAUGUGAAGUCUCGAAAUCCAUUUGAUGUUUUGAAUGAAGUGAAUGCGGAGCAAGGCCAAAGUAGUAAAUCGGCUGGAGAUGGUAUUGACGACUCAGAUGAAGACGAGGUGUUGGAAGGUUAUUGUGAGAUGGACGAUUUUCUCAUGGAAGGGACGCACAAAGUUCAAGGGGCAAGCACUCCUUCUCCAGUUGUUUCCAAUGAUUAG